AUGGCCGAACAAACACGACUCCACAUCUGGCUGAACUUGCCAGAUAACCAAGUCUCACUCGAGUGUGAAUGGCGAUUAGUGCGGCAAAAAGGAAAUGGAGCACAACAGUUCCACAAUCUGUACGUUGCACCCAAACUUAGCAACUCAGAACCACUAGAGACUUCCCUCGGUCCUGGGGUGUGGAUCUCGGAAGUUGGUGCUCAGUCAAAUGCUUCUCAGCUCAGUAAGAACCAAGAUUCGGCCAUCGCUGCGCUUCUACAGCAAUGCAUCAGCCAAGACGAAGGCGUAUGCGUCUUCCAGGUUCCUAGAGUGAGCGGCUUUGCAGGACAUGCGAACCCUUGGGCGUAUCGUGUCGGAGACUGUGCCCUUGUUUCGUCGACCAAGACUUUCCUCUCGCCGCUUCAGGAAAUAAAAGCUCCUGUCGAAUCCAUCAACACCGCCGAGGGCGUAGUCAAGGCCUUGGACGCAUCAAUCGGUGCCAUUACCUCUCCUCUCAAAUUAUGCAACGAGACCAUCGAUAAGCUUGAGUUCGAACUUACACGAAGACUCUCCUUCCCCUUUAUUUCGCCGGAGCCUAUCCGCAAGCGGCGCAUAUGCUUCCUGAUAUGGAGUCGCAUAGCGGCCAAGAGAGCGGCAUGGGCCAAUGCAAAGGCGCUGGGUAUAGAAGUGGUAGUGAUGAGUUCUGGCGCAUGGUCCAAGGAUGACAAGCCACCACAUGAGUACAUGAUGGACGGUUACAUCGGCAUGGACAUGACGACAGACGAAGAUUUCUGGCGAAGAAUCGUCGAUGCGGUUGAGGCAUACCCAGACCCCAUCGAUGGCCUCUGUGGACCGUGGGAUCCGUUCAUGGUGCCAACAGCCAAAGCAGCGAGACAUCUGGGACUCUAUACGCCAGGACCAGAGGCCUUCUCGAUUUCGACCAACAAGUAUCGAACGCGCCAGAUGCUUGAUCCCGAUGAGAAGGACUUCUUCACUGUGCAGAGUCUUAAAGAGCUGGAAUCGAGGCUGCAGUCUAGUAAAUCCGUCAACUUCCCGGUCGUAUGCAAACCAGUCGCUGGACUGAGCAGCUGGGGAGUCUACCGCGCAAACAACGCCUCGCAGCUGCGCGAUGCCGUCGAGAAGUCUCUCCUCGUCAGCCAAGAGCUUACCGAUCUGAGGGUUGUGAUCGAGCCGUACAUCGAUGGGCCUGAAGUGGAUUGCAACAUCGUUCUCUUCAAGGGCCAGGUUCUGUAUACUGAAAUUGUCGACGACUUUCCUUGCUCUGCAGACCUCGCGGAAGAUCCGACAGGAAAGCUUUUUACAGAGUCACAGACAGCUGUGCCCUCGAGACUCCCUGAGAAUGAACAGCAGGCUAUCACCGACGCGGUCGUCUCGGCAGUUCGCAAAAUGGGGUUCGACACUGGCGUUUUUCACUGCGAGGCGAGAAUUUGCAACUCGUCAAUGAAAUACACCUUCACCAAAGGCGCAACGAUCCCAGACCUCGAGCCUAUAGCAAAACCCAAAAGUUCCGAGGACACUCCGGUAUAUCUCCACGAGGUCAAUGCCAGAAUGCCCGGACCAAUGAGUGCAGCCUCCAGCGUCAUCUCGCGCGGAAUCGACUUCUGGAUGUUGGCUGUUCUCUGCGCAGUUGGGGAUUGGUCUCGAUAUGAAGCCUUCUCAGCCCCAUUCCUCCAUCAAGAGGUCACCGACCACACAUGGCUCAUCAAUUGCAUUGUGCCAGUCAGCCUGGAGCGUAUCAAGCCCCUGUUCCCCGACCAUCCAGCAGACCAGCUCGGACAUCAGGCGGUGGACAGCAGUCACAGCCCUAUCUUGGAACUGGCCAAGACUCAUCCCCAUUUGACAAAACACGUGGCGCGACACCACGUGUACAUCGAGCCUGCGACGAGAUUGGGAGGCAAGGAGGGUGACUGGCUGUGGACUAUGUGUAUGGUGUUUCACACUCCGCAUAGUCGAGAGCAUGCCUUCCAACUAGCUCAGGAAUUCCCGGAGGUUUACGAGGCUUUUGUGAGGGACAGGUACGGCCAUGGCCAGAAUGAAACAGUUACACUGAGAAGUCAUUUUCUAUGA